AUGGAACGUCAGGUCCGUUUCGAUCUUCCGAUGGAUACCGAUGAAGAUUUUAGCUAUCAUACUGAAACACAAUCACCAAUGUGCAUGGCCACCGCUGAACGAAAAGAGAUUUAUCUCGGGAUUGGCCCCCCACCGGGCCUAGCAAGGCCACUCCAACCCUUCAAUUUUGGUUUUGAUAUCCCAUCCAGGCCAUCAAAAUUCAAUUUUGGCAUGGAUCUCCCAAUCCCACCAGCAUACACACCAACAUUGACUUCUGAGCGGCCAUUCAAUUUCGGCACUGAUUUGACUAUUCAGGCGACAGAGUCACCAAAGGCCACAGCGGCUGAAGAUUCCUCAUCUACCGGGAAACCUUUCAACUUUGGCUUUGAUCUCCCCGUUGACGCACAGCCUCUACCUACAAUACCCCCCCUUCCUGCAUUCAACUUCGGUUUUGAUCUCCCUGUUGUCGCCGACCCCCAACCGGCCAUACCACCUUCUCCAUUCAAUUUUGGGAUGAAUCUCGAUAUCUCAGUUGGCCAACAUGAGCCAGAGACACCCACACCCCAUCAUGUGGGAUAUACCACCACAAAUAAAAAAUUCCUGUUUGUUGCCGAUUCUCCGGCACCGGCGGGGCAAUGGAAGCCCAUUCCAAUCCAAGCCAGGGAAAUCCAACUUUCAUUGAUGGGACCUCCACACCCAGUGCCACCUAUCCCUGCAAUUAUGGGAAUCCCGACAACACAUGCUUCCCCAAUGCCUGCUGUGGCACCCAUCCCGACAUCAGCGCCCACUUCUUCGUCACCAAUCCCUGCGGCGGCACCCAUCCCGACAUCUGCGCCCACUCAUUCGACACUGGGCAUUCCCGAUGAAUCCAAAGAUUCAGGUUUGCAUGCCACAAGCUACAAGCCUAUCACACUUCCAAACCUUGCUGGUAUUAUGCCACAAUCUGAAGAUACUACACCAGACGUGCCCAAUCGGUCUUCACCGCCUACAUUGGCAUCAUUAAUCGGUGAUUCCCAGCAGGCGGCGAUCCAGAUUCUUGAAUGUUUGCGGGGAACGGAUGUGGACAAGGUAGCACAAACUAUGCUCGGUGGGGUUCUUGCUGCAGAUGAAGAUCUCCGGAAGCCACAGCCGGAUGAAGUGCUUGGUAGCAAUCGGGCUAUGAUGUCAGUGUUUUGUGACACCCGGGAUCGGCUGACAAAGGCUUUUAAAGAGCUUUAG